AUGGAUGAAUGUAAACCUAUCAAGACUCCAGGAAUAUUGAGUGAAAAUCUUGAUGACAUAGCAUCUUCACCACCUGUGUCGAAUACAAAGUAUCAAGAAGCAUUAGGUUCAUUGAUGUACUUAGCAACAGGCACAAGGCCAGGCUUAGCUUUUGCAGUAAGUAAUUUGUCAAGAUAUAAUCGAGAUCCCAGAGAGAAACACUGGAAAGCUGUGAAGAGGAUAUUUAGAUAUAUUAAAGGAACACAAAAUACUUGUUUAGUGUAUACUUCAGACAAUGGGAAAUUAAAUGCUACAUCAGAUGCAAGUUGGUGUACCACUGAAAAUGGAAAAUCAUUUGGAGAAUUGGGUCAAGAUGAUCUAAUUGACAAACCAAUAGGAAUUAAAACAGACUGUCAAGCAUUAAUAGAUUGA